AUGAGAAAAGGUCAUUGUUCGAGUUGUAGCUUACCAGCAACAAGCUGCUCGUUGAAGCACAAACUCGAUGGAGUCUUUUUCGAGCAUUAUGUCCCUGGCAUACUCUCGCAGGCGACAAGCCUCACCUCCAUUGCAGGCAAGCUGCUCCUCGAAGCACAAACUCAAUGGAGUCCUUUUCAAGCGUUAUGUCCCCGACAUACGGAAACAGGCGACGAGCCUUAUCUCUAUUGCAAACAAGCUGCUCCUCGAAGCACAAACUCAAUGGAGUCUUUUUCGAGCAUUAUGUCCCUGACAUACGCUCGCAGGCAACAAGCCUCAUCUCUAUUGCAGACAAACUGCUCCUCGAAGCACAAACUCAAUGGAGUCUUUUUCGAGCAUUAUAUCCCCGACAUAUGCUCGCAGGUGACAAGCCUCACCUCCACUGAAGACAAGCUACUCCUCGAGUACAAACUUCAUGGAGUCUUUUCAAGCGUCAUGUCCCUGACAUACGCACACAAGCGACGAGCCUUACCUUCAUUGUAG